CUGCGAUCCUGAAAAUGAAAAAUCUUUGCGGGUCUCUGUAGCGUCGAAUCAAGAAUUGCUGGAUUAUCUCCUCGUUCUGAGUCUGAAGGCACGGCAACAUGCUAAGUAGCCACGAUAAAAAUAUUGCGCCGACGCUGAGAAAAAGGUGAACGCGGCUUCACGUUGUUGUUUUACGCCUGACGGCCUUGGCGUGAAGAAGUUGAUCAGUGUCAGAUAGCAAGUUGAUCGACCUCUCUUACUUUCUUGAAAUUCAAAAUGAACACACUGAGGGUAUAUUACAACGCGCACGCAGGAGGAGGCAGAGUGGGCGGCAGAGCAGACGCGUUCUUGUCAGCCUCUCCACGUCUAGCACUGAAGCUGCUGAUCUUUGUGGGAAUAACGACUUCUGCUGUGAUCUCCCGACGGAUUGGCAAUAGUCCACAAAACAUUCAAGUGCAAAAAUCACGACCAGAGGACUUUCUGAGGAAAAGUCAGAUGGCAUCAAGCGCGAGUACCAAACGAGGCUUGUCUACUAGUAUCACGCCCAGUGCAGCUACUAGGCGUAACAACUCAACAUCCUCUUCUCUGUUUUUCACACCUACAAGAACUUCGCACCCUCCUUCAAUUGCCAACUCUGGGCCGGUGAAUGAAAAUAUGGAAGCCAAAAUGACUGCGGGUACAGCUGAUGCCACGACGAGCAAAAUAAAUCCGUCGCCUUUUAGUAGUACAUCAACCAGCUCCGACGGUGACAGGAGCAGUGUGGGGCAGAUUCCGGUGUACAAGAUUUUCGUGGAUUACUCCGAUGCGGCGAACCUGCACCGCAAUCUCGGACGGGCUAUCGGGCUCAAGGCGAAGGACAUCCUGCAAAGCUGGGCGCACUCCUGGGCGGAGGAGGUUGGUGGUGGUGGCAAGGAAGAUGAGAUGGACGCGGAGAUGCGCGGGGUGCUGGAUAUGGAUGGACACAAUACCGCUGCGGUACCAUCGCGACUUCGCUCAUGAUCGAAAAAAUCUUGCGAUCAUGAGCGAAAAACAAAGAAAAAAACGGUGAUGAAUCGCGACGGUGGCGCUCUGUCUGUGGGUUUUGGUAUCACCGCGCGGCCAUCAGUGGCACACUUUUAGUUGCUGACAGGCAGCCACCUUUUCGUGGUGAGGCAGGCGUUGCCGCGAAGAAACCAGCUGCGCAAAGCGGUGGGCCUGCGCUCACCGCGCAGCCUGCGCCCGGGCCUGGGCAUCUUCACCAUACGUGCUUGGCGACCGUGCCUUGCGCCGACACGCAGCGCCAAAGAGCCCGCCCUCCAUCGCCGAAAGGGGGCGAGACCACUGCCAUUUUGCCGUCCCCCCUUUUGCCCGCGCGCCCAUACCUGCGCGACGAACAGUCCGCGCCAUGAAAUCGGGCUGCCACCGCAGCGGCCCGCCAGGCCGCAUCCAGCCAGCGGCAGACCACACACAGGAGCGCAGCGUCCGCCUACCUUUUUCUGUGCCAGCCUAGUGCCGGCCGCCCGCGCUCGCCACACAUAGGCAGCAUUCUCGGACGGGGCCGAGGGCGCCGGAGCUGCUGCCGCUGGCCACGCCUGCGUCUUCGCAGCGGCGUGGGCGUUGCAACGAGCAGCUCCGUGGGGCGUAGGCGGAGCCGGCCCCGCGCCUGCGAUGCGGCAAUGGGCAGUCUCAAUGGGUGUGCCUGUGGUGGUGGCUUCGCCGGUUCUGGUAGUUAGGUUUGAGAUUGGGGGCACAGCGCUUGGGGUUUGCGCCUAGCUUGCGUGGCCGUGUCCCCACCCCACCCAUGGAUGUCUGAUUAGUUAGACACAAUAGCCAGCCCGCAUUGUAAUUGUAAAUUUUCUGAUCUUGUGGGGACGGUCAGGCAGCGCGGGACCUACUCGCCCGGUGUGCGAAACCAUUCCGCGCCAUGUGCCUGCCGCCCCCACGGAUCUAGCUCGAUGACGGUCGCUGUGGCAUCGCGAUUGCGCGCGUUUCCCAGCACUACUGAACGAGCCCACUUUUCGAUCAUGAUCGAACUCGCGAUGGUACCGCAACGGAAGAGUGUCCAUCCAUAGUGCUGGAGCAGGGGGGUGGUGGUGGCAAGGAGGAGCUUGACGCGGAGAUGCGCGGGGUGCUGGAGCAGGUGGGCAGCUAAAAAUGUCUGCAGCUAAAAAAAUCAAAAUUUUGACACACUACGGAGCGAGGCUGUUGCUUGGGUGUUUGUCAUCGUGCGCAAUCGUAUCGAACGGGCGAAAUCUUGACGCCCGACAUGCUUGCUGACUCUCUCAGGUUCUUGGGUGUGUGCCCCCCUGCACCUGUUGCGCGGAGGAACAGGCCGCCAACUCGCAUUACACAUUGCCGCUUUUUGCGCCCCGUCUUGGGUCAACUUUGUGGCCCGAAUCACAAAUCUGAGCCCCUACAUCAGCAGAAUGCCGUGCUGUGAGGGUUCAGAUUUGUGAUGCAAAACGUGGCUUUCCGGAAAACGUCUGCACCUCGGCCACUGAGGUCCCAAGUGGAGGUGCAGACGUUUUCCGGAAAGGAGGGGAAAAGUGGGCCUCAUAGCCCGUGUUUGUCUGCGUUCCGGAAAACGUCUGCACCUCCGAAAUUGGCCUCCAGAUGAGGUGUCCUCGGACACCUUUUCGGAGUCGUCCCGAGUCGCGGACCUCCGGGGCGACAAAUUGCGGCCGCCCUUUUCGCACGGCCCCGAACUGUAUCGGGCUCAAUUUGCAGGCAAAAGCCUGCAAUUUGAGCUCAUACCCGAGUCGGCCUCCUCCGAGGCCACUCUUUUUGGACUAAAAUUGCCCCUCGCGCGGGGUCGUCGAGCAAACGACGCAGGAAUGGAUCGCAGCACCUCGGCCAAGUUCUACAGCACGGAGUCCACGGCGCUCGCAAGCGGGCGGCAGUCCGGGCGAGAAGAGAAGGACAGAAACCGCACUACCAAAAAUUUUGUUUUUUUUUGCUGCAGACAUUUUUCCAUUUAGUAUGGCAAGGAGGAGCUUGACGCGGAGAUGCGCGGGGUGCUGGAGCAGGUGGUAGGCACUGAACCACUUCGACAAAGUAAAAAAGUUGAGAUUGACUUAAGACCCGAGUUGAGAUCGAGUCGAAAUUUGCAUGAUCUGGGCAUUCAUUAGCAGCGACGUUUCUAGUGCCCAAAAUUUCCAGAAGCGUGUAUGUGGAUAGGAUAGCUGUGCGAGGUGCUUUUGUGCGUCCCCAUUGUUGCUUCUGUCCAAAGCGUGAGGAUGAGCUCCCUCGUGCUCGACCGGGUGGGCAGUAAAUCUGGAUCUUGCAUAUUCAGGGCGAGCUUUUUUUCGGGUGAAAAAAGCUGCAAUGUUUCCACUCCGUCGAGAUCGAAUCAAGAGUAAGUUGAGACCGAGUGGACACGGACGGAGUUGAGACCGAGUUGCGAUCGCGCUCGCUGGAAUCGAGUUGAGACCGAGUUAAGAUCGACUUGAGAUCGACUUGACUUCGAGUUGAGAUCGAGUUGAGAUCGAGCCAUCCUCGAGUUGAGAUUUUCACCCUUUUUUCACUGAAAAAAGGAGCAAGCUUUUCUUCAGCUGAAAAAUCACGCGGCGCUUUUUUUCAGCUGAAAAAAAGCACACGAAAAAGUACAAGGGCACAACUUUUCAACUGAAAAAAAGCGCAAGGGCGCAAUUUUUCAGCUGAAAAAAAGCGCAAGGGGGUAAGUUUCCAGCUGAAAAAAGCGCCGUAUGAGUUCACACCUCGUUCGAUUUUUCAGUGACAAAAAAGUGAAAAUCUCAACUCGAUCUCAACUCGGUCUCAACUCGGUCUCAGCUCGAUGUCAACUCGAUGUCAACUCGAUGCCAACUCGAUGCCAGCUUGCUCGAUCUCAACUAGAUCCCAACUCGGUUCCAGCUUGCUCCCUCUCCGCUCGAUCUUGGUUCAAUCUCGAUGUGUUGCUCAUCAUCUGCGCACUUCUCGAGUCUCGUCGAGGCUGGAAAUUGAGCCAUGAAUUCGCGCUCGAACAAAGCGUCUUGGCGGUUUUUUUCAGCUGAAAAAGUGCGCCUUUCCUUUGCGCGCUUUUCAGCUGCAAAAAGCACAGCUAGGGUGCUCGUUCUAGCAGGACCAGGAGUAACUCUGAACAUUUACACGAACGCCCGCGACACAUUUAGCCACAACGCCAGCACUGUUUGAACUCGAUCUCAACUGGGUCACUGGGCAAUUUCCCGAAAAAGUCUUUGUCGAUGUGGUUCAGUGCCAAAGGAGGAGCUUGGCGCGGAGAUGCGCGGGGUGCUGGAGCAGGUGGGCGACACGCAAAUGCGCGACAUGCGGGCCUGGAUCCGGGCCAGCGAGGAGCACCGCCAGAUCUACGAGCAGAUCAAGCACGACUCGGUGACGGCCUUUCCCGAGUACCACACGGAGUUGCAGGCCGUGGCGGAGGCGGCGGAGGUGCCGCUGGAAGACUUGCUGCUGUCGAACCUGUAUGCAUUGCAAAUGUGUCUGGGUCUGGAAGAGUUUGAACUUGUGACGCAAACUCUGGAACACACAAAAAUUUGUGUUGCAUGAGCGCCAAAAGCAGCCUAUUUCUUGAUACGAAAGUACGGAAGUUUCUCAUGCGGGCCAGGCAUCAAGAGGCGUGCGCGUGCUCGAAACUCAAAUUUGUGAUGCUUUUGCCUGCAUCAGACACAAUUUGCGUUAGCCGAAAUAUGCAUGACAAAUCUCGAAAUCUUCCAUACCCAGACAUAUUUGCAUUUGAUAACCUGCGCGGCGAAAUCCUGCAGUACUCCGACCCUAUGGACACGACGAAAAAAUCUUGCACCGACGUAUUCUUUCGGCCUCCACCACGACCAGCGAGAACAGCAGGUCAGAGGACCGGCGAAAAAGGGAUAAUUUUGGCGCAGGCCGAUGAAUUACCUGUUCGGGAUGCCGAACUACAAGGUCGUUUGCCACGCCCAGCUGUUGCAGAGGUUUCCUCGCCCGGCCCGCUCCAGGCACACAACGACGACUGGGACCGGCCCUGGCAGCACAUGAGUUACAUAUGAGAGCGCACAACCCCCCCUACCCCUCGUUUGUAUGGCAUGAACAGCAAUACAAGCUUCGGCAAGAGUGCAGGUUUUGCAUGACAAAAUCGCUUAGGACCGUACUGCUGUUUGGGCUGCCAGAACCUGUCAUGCAAAAAGUGCUAAGAGGCAAAGGGUGGAUUUGGGAUUUUUGUGACCCUAGAUCUCCUGCGUCCGAAGCUGCUUGCGGCGACGGUGCAAAGGUUUUUGAUGUGGUGCAGUCGGGUAUGCAUGACAAAAGAGGGGGAGAGGGACUUGUGCACUGUUAUACUACUUUGUGGAGGUGUAUGACAGUUCGGACGGCUCCUUUGCGUUCUUCUCCUACUGCUUCCCGGGGUUUUUACCCGGCAUGGAUUUCUUGGUCAACCGCUUUGGCGUGACCAUGACGGUGAAUUCCCUGUUUCCGGCCCGGUUCGGCGUGCGCGGCGUGGGCACGGCGUUUCUCAGCCGCGCGGUCGUGGACAGCCGCAGUAUGGAGGAAGCGAUCCGGGUCAUCACGGACACGCGGGCCAGCACCGGCGGCUCCUGGAACGUGGGGCAAAUGGCAGUUCGUGGAGGUAGUUUUCGAGCGGAUAUUAAAAAUGCAGUGAACAAUGAUCGUGCUCGUGCACCGGUACAACUGAUACCACAUCAAGGACAACGAGCGCCCAUGCUCGUGAAUGUCGAGACGGCAACCGAUGGCGCCUCCCACGUGUUGCAUAUCUUCAGUGACGACGCCCCAUCGGUGGACCCAGUAGUUUCUUCCGCGAGUUCUUCAUCUCCACCACCCUCGGACAACAUCGACGAACCAGGCGGGAGCCGUAGUAGAAGUUCGCCAGAACAAUCUUCCUACUACUUUCACGCAAACGAGUAUCGACACCUGGACCUGAAGGACAGCGGCGGUUUUUUCUCCGAUCCCUCGACGGAGCACCGCUUGCAGCGGUUCCAGGAGCUCUUUGUUCCUGCUGAAGAAGACGAGGAGGUUGAUGUUCAAGACGCGUCCAAGAAAGCGGAGGACGCGACGAGGUCGUGGACCCAGGGAGCUAGUUCCCCUGCGGCCCGGCUGCUCAAUUACCUCGCAGACCAGACGGAUCCGGUCUACCCUGUAUUCCGCGAAAAUUCUAGCGACAAGGACCCGGUGUGGACUGAGGUGACCGGGCUGUUUAACUUUGAGCAGGGCACCCUGUCUCUUUUUGAGCACUUGGCGACAAAUUUGGACCGAGUUCCUGACUAUGUAUUCUCGUUUUCUUCAUCUAGUACAACCGGGGGAGCAAGAGAAAGAGCAGCGCCCACGACGCCCGGAACUAGUAGUACAACUCUGACGGGCACGGGCCGCGGCCAGGAGGAGAAGACGGGUCUUGCACCAGACACGAUGGAAGUCUACCAGUAAAGAGAGCAUCUUUUAUUUCCUGACCCAGAGGAGCGAUCAAAAUGAGUACCUGUCCAUAAUCAAAUGCAGUCGCAGACGCCUCGUAAAAUGCGUAUCUAGUAUCUGCUCCCAACAUAUAAGGAAAAGGAUUCCAUUUUUGCCCCGCUGCAAAUUUCGAACAAAGCAGCCGGCGUGUGCUUUCCCCGCUUCCCACUGCUAGUUUUCUGGGAAACGGAAACCAAACGAAAUACUACGAGAAGAAACACAGAACUUCUUACGCUCUGCGGUGCGACUUCUAGUGUGCGUUCAUAUAGGUUCGUUGUCGACCACCUGCUCGAGAAGUGGC